UAUUUGUCGCAUUUGCUUUGUGUGGAGGGAUACCUUGCGGUUAUCCUGUAAACACGCUCUCAGCGUUAGUCGGUAUUUGGAUGUUGCCGAAAAUAUUAUGCUACACUAAGAGAUCAUUUUUAUGUUAUAAUUGAAGUAAAACGUCCAGACGGAUCAUCUGGAAAGCCGCUCCUAAAAUCGCGGAUUGAUACGUCGAACUACUUUUCGAGGAAAGCGUUCCGAUAUUACCACCCGGCGCCAUUUCACAGGCAAGACUGACAGGCCGCUGCAGAAACCGAAUAUCGACACUCCACCACCGACAUGGCGGCAUCUGUGGGCAGUGUGGCUGAUAGCACAGAACCAACGAAACGUAUGCUUUCCUUCCAAGGGUUAGCGGAGUUGGCUCAUCGAGAGUACCAGGCUGGAGACUUUGAAGCAGCUGAAAGACACUGCAUGCAGCUCUGGAGACAGGAACCUGAUAAUACUGGAGUUUUGUUGUUGCUGUCAUCUAUACAUUUCCAGUGCCGUAGGCUUGACAGGUCUGCCCAUUUCAGCACGUUGGCUAUUAAGCAGAACCCCCUUCUUGCAGAAGCCUAUUCGAACUUGGGCAAUGUUUAUAAAGAGCGAGGACAACUUCAGGAAGCUAUUGAACAUUAUCGGCAUGCUCUGAGGCUAAAACCAGACUUCAUUGAUGGAUAUAUUAAUCUUGCUGCGGCUUUGGUAGCAGCUGGUGAUAUGGAGGGCGCAGUACAAGCUUAUGUGUCUGCUCUUCAGUACAACCCUGACUUGUACUGUGUCCGUAGUGACCUGGGUAAUCUUCUUAAAGCCCUAGGUCGCUUAGAAGAAGCUAAGGCUUGUUACCUCAAGGCAAUUGAAACACAACCAAACUUUGCAGUUGCUUGGAGUAAUCUUGGAUGUGUAUUUAAUGCACAAGGAGAGAUCUGGCUUGCAAUUCACCACUUUGAAAAGGCUGUAACUCUUGAUCCCAAUUUCCUGGAUGCUUAUAUUAAUUUGGGAAAUGUGCUGAAAGAGGCUCGUAUAUUUGACCGAGCAGUAGCAGCAUACCUGCGAGCCCUAAGCUUAAGUCCAAAUCAUGCUGUGGUCCAUGGAAAUUUGGCUUGUGUGUAUUAUGAGCAGGGACUUAUUGAUCUUGCAAUUGACACCUACCGUCGGGCCAUUGAGCUGCAGCCACAUUUCCCUGAUGCCUAUUGUAAUCUUGCCAAUGCUCUCAAAGAAAAAGGCAGUGUGGUCGAUGCAGAGGAAUGCUACAAUACAGCUCUUCGACUCUGUCCUACACAUGCAGAUUCUCUCAAUAACUUAGCAAAUAUAAAGAGAGAACAAGGAAACAUAGAGGAGGCAGUGCGGCUGUAUAGAAAAGCUCUUGAGGUUUUCCCUGAAUUUGCAGCUGCUCACUCAAAUCUAGCUAGUGUAUUGCAACAACAAGGAAAACUUCAGGAGGCUCUGAUGCAUUAUAAGGAAGCUAUUAGAAUAAGUCCAACCUUUGCUGAUGCUUAUUCUAAUAUGGGAAACACUUUAAAGGAGAUGCAAGAUGUCCAGGGUGCAUUGCAGUGUUAUACUAGGGCAAUUCAGAUAAAUCCAGCUUUUGCUGACGCUCACAGUAAUCUGGCCUCCAUUCACAAAGAUUCUGGAAAUAUUCCAGAGGCAAUUGCAUCAUACAGGACAGCACUGAAACUGAAGCCGGAUUUUCCUGAUGCCUACUGCAACCUUGCUCACUGCCUUCAGAUUGUUUGCGACUGGACAGAUUAUGAUGAGCGUAUGAAAAAGCUGGUCAGUAUUGUUGCCGACCAGCUAGAAAAGAACAGGCUUCCUUCUGUCCAUCCCCACCACAGCAUGCUCUACCCACUGUCUCAUGGUUUUAGGAAAGCAAUUGCUGAAAGGCAUGGGAACCUGUGUUUAGAUAAGAUAAAUGUCCUUCACAAACCACCAUAUGAACACCCAAAGGAUUUAAAGGCUAGUGAUGGGAGACUACGGGUGGGAUAUGUGAGCUCAGAUUUUGGAAAUCAUCCAACUUCUCACCUCAUGCAGUCAAUACCUGGCAUGCAUAAUCCAGAUAAAUUUGAGGUUUUUUGCUACGCACUCAGCCCUGAUGAUGGCACAAACUUUCGUGUAAAAGUGAUGGCAGAAGCAAACCACUUUGUUGAUCUGUCCCAGAUUCCCUGUAAUGGCAAAGCAGCCGAUCGUAUUCACCAGGAUGGAGUCCACAUACUGAUUAAUAUGAAUGGUUACACUAAAGGAGCACGCAAUGAAUUAUUUGCCCUUAAAGCAGCUCCAAUUCAGGCAAUGUGGCUGGGGUAUCCUGGAACAAGUGGUGCAUCAUUCAUGGAUUACAUAAUAAGUGACAUAGAAACAUCCCCUGUUGAUGUUGCUGAACAGUACUCUGAGAAACUUGCUUACAUGCCCAAUACAUUUUUCAUAGGAGAUCAUGCCAACAUGUUCCCUCACUUAAAGAAAAAAGCUGUCAUAGACUUUAAAUCCAAUGGCCAUAUUUAUGACAAUAGAAUCGUACUCAAUGGAAUUGAUCUGAAAGCUUUCCUGGAAUCUUUACCUGAUGUGAAAAUUGUAAAGAUGAAAGGCCCAGACAGCGGAGAUAAUGUUGACAAUAACUCUGCACUAAACAUGCCAGUGAUUCCUAUGAGCAGCAUAGCAGAAGCUGUGAUUGAAAUGAUAAAUCGGGGGCAAAUUCAGAUAACAAUAAAUGGAUUCAACAUCAGCAAUGGUCUUGCAACAACCCAGAUAAAUAACAAAGCGGCGACAGGUGAAGAAGUGCCUCGUACCAUCAUUGUCACCACACGCUCACAGUAUGGACUCCCUGAGGAUGCGGUUGUGUACUGCAACUUUAACCAGCUUUACAAGAUUGACCCUUCCACAUUACAGAUGUGGGCAAAUAUUUUAAAGCGUGUCCCAAACAGUGUUCUGUGGCUAUUAAGAUUCCCAGCAGUUGGGGAGCCAAAUAUCCAGCAGUACGCACAGAAUAUGGGCCUUCCCCAGUCCCGGAUCAUUUUCUCUCCAGUUGCUCCUAAGGAAGAACAUGUGCGCAGAGGACAGUUGGCUGAUGUUUGCUUAGAUACACCUCUCUGCAAUGGGCACACCACUGGCAUGGAUGUGCUCUGGGCAGGAACACCCAUGGUCACCAUGCCAGGCGAUACACUUGCAUCACGAGUGGCUGCUUCACAGCUUACAUGUCUCGGCUGCCCCGAGCUAAUCGCUAAAGGCAGGCAAGAUUAUGAGGACACUGCUGUGAAACUCGGAACUGAUCUGGAAUACCUGAAAAAGAUCCGCUCUAAGGUCUGGAAGCAAAGGAUAUCCAGCCCACUUUUCAAUACCAAACAAUACACAAUAGAUCUGGAGAGAUUGUAUUUACAAAUGUGGGAGCAUUAUUCUGCUGGAAACAAAACUGAUCAUCUCAUCAAGACUGUGGAAAGCACUGAAUCUGCUUAACUCCCUGCUAGCUUUGAAUCUAUUGGCUAACCAUGACGGGGGGCUACGACGCACACGCAAGCCGACUCGCUGUGCAACAGAAUGGAAUCAUUGAAACACCCGCUGGUCUCUAGACUUUUAGUUUGCUUUUUUUUUGUUCUUUUGCUAAACCUCCAUCAGAUUUUGCAAGUUGCCAUCCAAAUAUGACUUCAUGGGCAGUUUUACUGGUUCAUGUACAUUUUUAGCCUUGUAUUGCAGUAUAUUUGGAAUUUGAGCUUUUAAACCUAUAAAUUUGUGUUUGUCUGCUGGCUCAAAAAUCGCAGCUUGACUCUCCUAGCUAACUGUGCAGGUUUAAAGAUAAAAAAAAAAACCCAAGCAUCAUUAAUGGUGUUCUAGUCCUUUUUUAUAGGUUUUAUAAACCACUUGUAGCCUUUUAAUGUCUGGCAUCUGUUUACAAGCAAACUGGUCUGUGUGUUCUUUUGGUAUAGAUGAGAUGUCUUUAACCCUCCCCCUUAAAUUGUCUGCUUUAUUUGAAUUUCCUACUAGCUUAUUAAUCUGUGUGUUUAGUACAGUGCGCUACGGGCAGCGGCUUCCUCUGGGCCGCAGGUCUGUGUAAAUACGGGAGGUUAGCGUGUGCAGUUUGUGUAUGAAGAAAUAAAGCAGGUUUUUCUGUGUAUGUACCUUUAAAUCUUGCACGGAGGCCACUUCCUGAAAUGUUUCACUGGUGGAAUGUUGGGAAAUAAUGAAACUCGGGCCUAUUCAUUUGUGCUGAUCUCGUGUGGAUGUGAAAUGCAUUUGUUUGUGUGAAAGAGAAAGCAUGUGCUGCCAUUCUGUAGGAAGGAAAAUGCCUCGGCACAAUGCCUAUUUGGUUUAAUAAAAUAUCAGUUGAUCUUGUGGGUUUUUUGUUUUUUAAAAGAAAUUGUUGGAUAUUGCUCUGUUUCAGAUGUAUGGAUUUGAGUUUUCUUCCCUCAGUAAACUUUUCAAGUGGAAAAUUCAA